GCCAGUCUCCCCCGGACAGAGCCGCCGCCUGCCCCCGCCAUGGGUCGACAGAAGGAGCUGGUGUCCCGCUGCGGGGAGGUGCUCCACCUUCGCUACCGGCUGCUGCGCCAGGCACUCGCUGAGUGCUUGGGAACCCUCAUCCUCGUGAUGUUUGGCUGUGGCUCUGUGGCCCAGGUCGUGCUCAGCCGGGGCACACAUGGAGGCUUCCUCACCAUCAACCUGGCCUUCGGCUUCGCUGUCACUCUGGGCAUCCUCAUUGCUGGCCAGGUUUCUGGGGCCCACCUGAACCCUGCUGUAACCUUUGCCAUGUGCUUUCUGGCACGCGAACCCUGGAUCAAGCUGCCCGUCUAUACCCUGGCUCAGACGCUGGGAGCCUUCCUGGGUGCUGGGAUCAUUUUUGGACUGUAUUAUGAUGCAAUCUUGGCCUUUGCCAACAAUGAGUUUAUAGUCUCGGGCCCCAACGGCACAGCUGGCAUCUUUGCCACUUACCCCUCUGGACACUUGGACAUGGUCAAUGGCUUCUUCGACCAGUUCAUUGGCACCGCCUCCCUCAUUGUCUGUGUGCUGGCUAUUGUUGACCCAAACAACAACCCAGUCCCCCGUGGCCUGGAGGCCUUCACCGUGGGCCUGGUGGUCCUGGUCAUCGGCACCUCCAUGGGCUUCAACUCCGGCUAUGCUGUCAACCCUGCCCGAGACUUUGGCCCCCGUCUUUUCACCGCCAUCGCUGGUUGGGGCUCUGAGGUCUUCACGACUGGCAAGCACUGGUGGUGGGUGCCCAUUGUCUCCCCACUCCUGGGCUCCAUCGCUGGCGUCUUCGUGUACCAGCUCAUGAUUGGCUGCCACCUGGAGCAGCCCCCAGCUUCUACUGAGCAGGAGAAUGUGAAGCUGGCCCAUAUGAAGCACAAGGAGCAGAUAUGAGUGGGCAAGGGCCAUCCCCACUGCCCCCUCCCUUGAGCAUCCACUGACUGUACAGGGGCCACUCUCUAGACACCCACUCAUGACCUCCCUCCCAAGCUCCCUGCCUACCCCCCAAUUGCUGGACGGCUCCCUUAAGGAUUUGUCACUGGACCCUGCCCAAAUGAGACCUCAGGCCACUGCCCUUAAGCUGUGGUGGGACAGGGAGCCGGGCCAACACAUCCCUUUGUCUCCCAAAGGAAGAGAAUGGGCAGCAAGGAUGUGUGUGUGUGUGUGUGUGUGUAUGUGUUUCUCCAGAUGUUCAGGGCAAGGAACCCAGUGCAAAGGAUUCUAGCCAUGGGAGAAGCCUGGAGGAAGGGACGAGGUGAUGUGUACAUAUGGAAGGAAAAUGCCAGGGGUGUGUUCAUUUCAGGACCUCCAUAUAGAGGAGGGUCCUGAUAAAUGUGUUUCAGAGUAUAUGUGUGUCUGCCCUUUUUUCUAAGGGGGGCUUUUAUAGGCUUUUGGGGAGGUGGGGUAGGAAUAUAUAGGGUUGGGGGAGGGGAAUCACAGCCUGGGUUUGGAGUUCUGGCUUUAUAUAAGUAGAAGCCAUAUAAUGUGCUCUGGCAUAAUCUAGGCCUGAGCGGGUUGGGGUGAAGCCCAGGUCAUAAUUUUCAUGUUGGCUUUAAAAAAAAAAAUAUAUAUAUAUAUAUAGCAGAUGUUACAUACAGUCUUAGAGUUAGGGGUUGAGUGACUUCACUACAAAUAGGGUCCUCACUCCUUUAAUCCUCCAUCAGUAUAUGCACUUCUUUGUCUUUUAUAAAAAAAAUAAUAAAAUGUAUACCCCAAACUGCUGACUGUGCAAUAUCUUUGCUUUCUCUGCUGAUUCUCUGGACCCUGAUAAGGAGCGUCAGUGCAUCUGGCUACAAAUACCCAAAGUACCCUGCUGGGUGUCCUUAACCUGGCCAGGGUACCCUGGGGGUGAGGGGCAGUACUCCAGCCCUGCUCUGGGUGGCGGGAGUCAGUCACACAGAGGGAUCAGAGAGCCUCUUCACCAAGCUUUUCAGCUCGAACUUAGGGUCCUGAACUUUCCCCCAAGCUUCCACCAUCUUGGGUGCUGUUAGCAC